GCUUCUCUAGAAGCAUGUGACCAAAACAAAAUGUUUAUGUUCUGAAUUACAAAUUGAACGAAAUUGAACCAUUGUCGUAAUUUUUUUUUCACUUUUUCGUUUCGACCUGUCAGAACACCAUGUGGACAGAAGCUUUGAUAUGGCUACAAAUUGUGGUGCAAACGGUAUUUAGCAGUCAGGAAACUUGUUCAAGUUUUGGUUACAGUUUAAGUUCGUUUUACUCCAGAGCUAAGAUUAUUUCUUCGAACGAAGGAAAGACGACAUGUGGAUGUUCUAUUCUCAAACGAGAUAAAGCUUCCCUUGACGAAGGACUAACACCGCAGAAAGGAAACAUAGAGAACAGUGACAACUUGAAAUCGUCUUAUCAAAGAACGAAUCAAAUGGUUUUAAUCAAGGGAGGUAAAUUUGCCAUGGGUACCGACAAACCAUUUCUGCCAAUGGACGGUGAAGGGCCGGCGAGAGAAGUGAAAAUAAAUUCAUUUUAUAUGGACAUUUAUGAAACAAGUAAUGAAGAAUUUGAACUAUUUGUCAACAACACUGGUUAUGUCACAGAGGCUGAAAAGUUUGGAGAUUCAUUUGUGCUUGAAGGGAAGAUUAGUAAGGAGAUCAAGAAGGAUAUUCAUCAAGCAGUCGCAGCAGCUCCAUGGUGGCUGCCAGUAAAGGGAGCUUACUGGAGGAAGCCAGAAGGACCUGAUUCUCACAUCAGAGACAGAAUGGAUCAUCCAGUUCUCCAUAUCUCCUGGAAUGAUGCUGUUGCAUUUUGUAAAUGGGGUGGAAAAAGACUGCCUACAGAAGCUGAAUGGGAGUAUGCCUGCAGGGCUGGCCUACAGGACAAGCUUUAUUCUUGGGGUAACAAGCUUAAGAAAGAUGGUCAUCACAUGGCAAACACAUGGCAAGGGCGGUUUCCAACAGUCGAUUCAGGGGAGGAUGGGUACUCUGGUACAGCUCCUGUCACAGCAUUCCCACCUAAUAAAUUUGGUCUGUAUAACAUGCUGGGAAAUGCCUGGGAGUGGACACAGGAUUGGUGGAGCAUACGGCACCCAAGCCACUUCCAAGAAAAUCCGAAAGGACCUGCAUCAGGAAGGGAUAAAGUGAAAAAAGGUGGAUCUUACAUGUGCCACAAGUCGUAUUGUUACCGAUAUCGUUGUGCUGCUAGAAGUCAGAAUUCUGCUGACACCACAGCUUCUAAUCUUGGCUUACGCUGCGUCAGUGAUAAACUACCUGAUGGUGUACAGCUUGUCAAAUAACCAGCAAUACAUGUAGUUUGCACUGAAUUAGACAAAGAUAAGUGAACUAAGUGUAUUGCUCGGAGUGAAGCAAAGUAGAACCGCUGCAAUCAAGGAAAAUUUUCUUCUUAGGGAAUUAUGAAAUCUCAUUGAGUAAAAUAAUUUUCCUUUGAUAUCUAGGUAGGAA